UAUAUCAUUUCGUAAGAAAAUACUUCGCGGUCUCGCGCUUGAUUCCUUGUUCGAAACUUGGAAACCGUAAACCCAGCGGCAGUGACAGAUGAGACGCAUUUCACUGGGAGGGAAAGACUCCGAAUCAUACAGCCAUGGCGACCACCAGAGUUCAGAGGAUCAUGACCCAGCCCAUCAAUCUCAUCUUCAGAUUUCUCCAGAGCAAAGCUCGCAUUCAAAUUUGGCUUUUUGAGCAGAAGGAUUUGAGGAUUGAAGGGCGUAUCAUUGGGUUUGAUGAGUACAUGAAUUUGGUUUUGGAUGAUGCUGAAGAAGUCCACAUCAAGAAAAACAUCAGAAAGCCAUUGGGAAGGAUUCUUCUUAAAGGAGACAACAUCACUCUGAUGAUGAACACCGGAAAAUGAUGUUCCAGAGAAAUCACCUGAAAAAUUGUUUCUGUGCACCUCAUCCCAUCCUGUUUCUACUCGUUCUAGUGCUAUCUUUUCUUUCAACUUGAAUGUAUUUCUCAUGUAAAAUUGAAGAUCUCCAGUAAAAUUUUACAGAGCUGAUGUACCACCUGUUAUUAUCAGCAUAUGAAGUACUUGGCUCUGCCCUUUUUGUUGAAGUGGGAGGGGUAACAUGCUCUUUAUGACAGUCGCUAUAUAUUGGGUUUGUAAAAUUCUCUAGUCAAAGGUUGCUAAUUAGGUAAGUUGUCUUAAAUGUGAACAUGGCCUAGAGUUUUAACUUGCUAACAUCUCAAUUUAUUGAACUGAUUAUUUAGGAAUCA